AUGGGUUUACAGGGACGCCUCGCCGCGGCGAGCUGGGACAUUGCGAAGCCCUCUACACUUCGCGACUGCUUGCGAAACCUCAAAAUCAGAGAGAGUGACGUGGAAGAUCUUCGGUCCGUGGUCAACGGAGUCAACAACCACUAUGCCUACAAGGACACAGCCAUUGACUCGCCGGACCAGACGAACCUUCCCAGCAGCGUCGACAUCGUCGCGGAGCUGACGGCCGUUCUGCAGCGCGCCGAGCUGGGCGACAACGAACGGCUGAUGGACGCCCACGUGGACACGUUCAACGCGAUCAACGGCCUGAACGCAGCAAGCAGCAGCGGCGGCGGCGGCGGCGGCGGCAGCGGCGGCGGCGGCGGCGGCGGCGGCGGCAGCAAAGAGAGGGAUUUGGGGGAGGCGCUUGCUGUGUUCCAGCGUGAUGCGGUGAGGAGGCGACUCCAGUACCGGCCACACCAGCAGCCCCACAGGCGGCAGUUGCACCGGCUGUUGCAGGAGCAGCAGGCAGAGGGGCAAGCGGAGCGGGGGGGAGCGGAGCAGGGGAUGGGUGAGGAGGAUGAAGAGGGGGAGGAUCAAGAGGGGGAGGGGCAAGAGACGGAGGGGCAAGAGGAGCAGGGGCAAGAGGCGCAGGGGCAAGAGGCGGGUGGGGAAGAGGCGGGUGGGGAAGAGGCGGGUGGGGAAGAGGCGGGUGGGGAAGAGGCGGGUGGGGAAGAGGCAGGUGAGGAAGCGACGGGUGGGGAAGAGGCGGGUGGGGAAGCGACGGGUGGGGAAGAGGCGGGUGGGGAAGAGGCGGGUGGGGAAGCGACGGGUGGGGAAGAGGCGGGUGGGGAAGCGACGGGUGGGGAAGAGGCGGGUGGGGAAGAGGCGGGUGGGGAAGAGGCAGGUGAGGAAGCGACGGGUGGGGAAGAGGCGGGUGGGGAAGCGACGGGUGGGGAAGAGGCGGGUGGGGAAGAGGCGGGUGGGGAAGCGACGGGUGGGGAAGAGGCGGGUGGGGAAGCGACGGGUGGGGAAGAGGCGGGUGGGGAAGAGGCGGGUGGGGAAGAGGCGGGUGGUGAAGAGGCGGGUGGGCAAGGGGCGCCGGUGGUAAUCAUCUUCUAA